UUACGGGAUUUCACCAUCCAGUUCUUCUUUGAUUGAUCCAGUCACGUUUAAGCUUAUCGAUCCCCUAUACUUCAAUAUGGCCCCCCGUCGACUUCUCCUCGUCAGCUAUCCCCGUACAGCAUCCAAUCUCCUUCUGAAGAUCCUUGCUCUAUCAGAUCAACCCAAUGUCAUCUCCAAUGAGCAGGGAGGCUACUUCUUCAUGAAACCCUAUACUACUGCCUCCAAGGAUGGUCGCAUUUAUAAGCCAGUCGACCAAUGGACUACCGAAGAGUGCGAUGAAGUCCGGUCUGCCUUCCAGGAAUGUCUGGACAACCUGGAGGAAUACAGCAGCCGUGCCGAAAAAGAAGGCAAAAUGAUGGUCACCAAAGAGCAUGCUUUCUGGCUCUGCAACCCAACGGCAUUCAGCCGGAUGAUCCAUGGCACCAAUGGUAGCUAUGACUCCCUAUUCCAUGUCCAAGUCCCAGCCACCUAUGGGGCCUCCCAGACUUUCUCCCCAAAUAAUGAAACCGUCUUUCCGGACGAGUAUCUGCGCACCUGGCGCCUAGCGUUCAUCAUUCGUCAUCCGGCGCUGGUGUUCCCGUCCCUUUAUCGUGCAAUGAUGAAGAUGGUGGCCGUUGGUGUUCUUCAAAAAGAGGAGCUGCCUGGCGUCUUAGAGACGAAUAUGUCGUUGAAGUGGACUCGGAUGCUCUACAACUACGGCAUGGAGAACAAUGACUCCGACUCCCAGCCAUUGUUGCUGGACGCCCAUGAUGUGAUUCACAAUCCUGAUGUGAUAGCUCGAUUCUGCGAGCUGGCGGGCCUGGAUUCCAACAAACUCAAGUUUGAGUGGGAGAAGAAGGCAGAUGCUAAUGGUGCGCCGAAUAACGGAAGCCCGGUCGAACAGAGAGACUCUACUGGGCAAGAUGUGCGCUUUCAUAGCCAGAAAGCUCAUGCAAUCAUGCUCUCUAGUCUAGCGGGAUCAUCUGGGGUUUUGAAAGAUAAGGCGCCAGUGACACUGGACGUCGCUACUGAGGCCCUCAAAUGGAGGGAGGAAUUUGGUGAGGACACCAGUCUUCUUCUUGAGAAGGCGGUCCUAGCAGCCAUGCCAGAUUACGAAUUCUUGAAGGCUAGGCGUGUUCAACUGUGAUUUGGGGAGAACACAAGACCUAACGCGAACGGCGAAACUACUGCAGAGAACAUGGUGGUUGGCACGCAACAAUGUGGUAGUCCAAGAUAUCAACUUAGAUGAAGUCUGGGAUAAAUAGAGUGGUUACGAAUAUUAACGAUUGGUUCAU